AUGGGUGAAAUCGGCGAACAUUAUCGCGACUACAGAGCACACAAGAAACAGCAAAGGGAUCGUCGUCUGAAGCAACAGGCCGAAAAAGAGAACCAGAACCAGAACCAGAACCAGAACACCCCACGCACCCGCUGCUGGGAUUGGAUGCUGGUCGGGGGUACAACCCACUACGCAAAAAACCGUUCUGCGUUCACCGACUACCGUCGCACACGAUGUGAAAUCAGAAACUCCCUCUAUGGUGGCUCCGUGCGUGUAUCUGGCAUCGGCACCGUGAAACUGGAGGUGACCCGUGCCCCAAAUGAUCCGAGGACGUACACCUUGGUCCUGGAUGAUGUGCUGCACAUUCCCGACUCAAUUUGUAAUGGGGUUAGCAUCGAUACGCUUUCGAUUCAGGAGGGUCGCUCGCUGGGUAUGCAGGGAAUGAAGUUCUGGGAUUCGCGUACUAAGGAACCAUUGUUUUAUGGAGAGCGCUAUUGCGGGCUGUUCCGGGUUGUACUUGCAGGCAGACCGCAGGGGGAGACGUAUUUGACAGAUGGUGGUAUAAAAUUCCUGAGUAUCCAUGCUUCGACUGAGGAUCUGGUGGGCCUACGCAAGCUAUGGCGGACCUACAGAGAGUACAAACGACUUCAAGAAGAUAUUCGUCUGAAGCAGCAGGCUUUAAAGAAACAAGGGUCAACCCGCCAGAAUGACACCACGUCCACCACCCCUACUCCCAACCCCGCAGUCAACAACAGAAACCAAGACCUGGGUAAGGGAGAACAGAAGACUAAGACACCAACAAAGCUGACGCCUCGAACACCCCCGAACACCCGCCGCUGCUGGGACUGGAUGAUGGUUAGCGGUUCCGCUCACUACGCCAGGAACCGCUCGUCAUUCAGCGACUACCGUCGCACUCGCGGCCAGGCUACUCUCUCUACUUCCCCAGGCGCCGGUGUGACCCAAGUCCUGGGCAUCGGAACCGUGAAGCUGAAUAUGAUCCGCGGCCCCGAUGAUCCGAGAACCUACACACUUGUUCUGGAGAACGUGUUGCACAUACCAUCCGCGAUCUGCAAUGGAAUCAGUAUUUCCUUACUGCACGUCAAAUAUGAUGUGAUGAACAGGAGGGUAUUUGACUCGCGUACAAAGGAGCCGUUGUUUUAUGGAAAGAAAUAUUGCGGUCUGGCUAGGGCUGUUGUUGCGGGUGAUCCGCAGGGGGAGACAUAUAUGGAUGAUGAAACGGUAUAUAUGUUGAGUAUUCAUGCCACGGAUGAGGAUUUGAAGAGCUUGUUUCGGAAGACUAAGCAUCGAGUGUCGUGA